UAAAUUAUUGAUGGAGCCAGAUAACAUCGGCACUGAAGUGAGCUACCCGAAGAAGCCUACGUUCAAAGUUUUGCUCAAAUGACUAAAUGAUGAUAGCAAGUGGGAUCAGAAUGAUCUUGAUGAGGAACAAAAACAGUUUCCUAAGUAUAGAGAUAUGGACAUCCAGACUGACUAUACCCUCUCUGAUAUAGAAAACUUUGAGGUAUAUAAAGAUUGGUAUGUCAAGGAGAGCUGGUCGGCCUUUGCUCAGAUUGCGAAAUUUCGAAAGGAAAUUAUCAGAGAAAUUAAAUAAGGAUUAUAUCAAGAAGGCUUAUUUCAAAAUUUCAAAGAAGUACUCCAAACAAGUCAAGGGAAUCAAUUCUAUGUCUCCUAUACAACGUAAGAGGUUUAAAACUGGAGAGAACGAGGAGUUAGAGGGCUCUUCUUCUCAAGAUGGGUACAGUGAAGCUUUUCUGAGGAAUUCCCUUCAGAAAACAUGAGAAAUUGUCAUAAAGACAAAUCGACUAAAUUUAGAUAAGAAAAAAAUAAAAGAGCCUAGCUAUCAAGACACUCUACAGGAGUUCAGCUGUCAGGCGUACAUGCAGGUUCCAUCACAAACAAACGCAGUAACAUCACCUAUCUCGGAUGGAAUUCAGACAUUCUUAAAAGUUGACUCUAAAGACAGAAAUAUACAAGCUACCACUUGUGGGACUGUUAUGACUAGUACUCAGACUUUUUCGGACUGAACGGCAGGACUAGAUGUGUCUCUCCAAUUCCCUUCAAACUCAACUCUUCAGACCAGGUCAAGGCCUGAAGAGGAAGAAAGAAGUGGUAAGGUUUACAAAGAUGUAGCCAUCUAG